AUAAGAUAUUUUAUGAGAUUAUUUUAAGCCAGAAGUAAUUGAUUGAUACAUAGAAAUGGAAGUUACUAAAGUUCUUCACAUGAAUGGAGGAAUCAGAAACUCUAGCUAUGCAAAAAACUCUUUACUUCAGCAAAAGGUGAUUCUCAUGACAAAGUCAAUAACAAAUAAAGUUAUAUCUACUCUCUACAACAACCUUUCCCCAGGAGAAACUAUACGUAUUGCGGAUUUAGGUUGUUCCUCUGGACCGAACACUUUCUUGACAAUCUCUCAACUCAUUCAAACUAUUCAUGAAGAAUGCAAAAGCAAUAGCCAACAACAAUCCCCGGAAAUUCAUGUUUUCCUCAAUGAUCUUCCUAGCAAUGAUUUUAACUCCAUUUUUCGAUCGUUGCCAACGUUCUAUGAAGAUUUGAGGAAACAAAAUAUGGGAGGAGAUGGAUUAUUUGUGACAGGAGUUGCUGGUUCAUUUUAUACUAGACUUUUUCCUUCUAAGACUUUGCAUUUUGUUCACUCCUCUUAUAGUCUCCACUGGCUUUCUCAAGUACCUGAUGGAAUAGAAAGUAACAAAGGAAAUAUUUAUGUGGCAAGUACAAGUCCGCCAAGUGUGGUUAAAGCGUAUUAUGAGCAAUAUGAAAGAGAUUUUGUAAAUUUUCUAAAGUAUCGCUCGAAAGAAUUGGCAGAUGGUGGAUGUAUGAUAUUAACCAUAUUGGGCAAAAAAAAUGAAGACCGCUUUAGUAAAGGAGCAUGCUACCUAUUAGAGCCUAUGGCGAGGGCUCUUAGAGAGUUGGUUGUAGAGGGAUCAAUAGAAGAAGAGAAAGUGUACACAUUCAACAUUCCUGCAUACUAUCCAUCUCUUAGAGAAGUAAUGUAUAUAGUUGAUAAGGAGGGAUCUUUCACCAUUGAUAUCUUGAAAACUUGUGAACUCCAUAAAGAUGAUUUUGAUGAAAAUAUGGCACAAUGUGUGAGAGCUUUCACUGAGCCUUUGCUUGUUAGCCAUUUUGGUGAUAAUGAAAUAUUGAUAGAUCAAGUGUUCCACAAGUGUAGGGAGAUCUAUGUCAAUUUCAUGACUAUAGAGAAGACCACAUUCACAAAUGUUAUUGUCUCUUUGAUUAAAAGGAACUAGGGCAACUAUUCUCCCUAGCCCUAUUCACUUUUGUUAUUCUAUAGGCACGUGUAUAUGAUAUCAGGAUCUGGGAGAGAAAGAUGUAAGAAAACUUAUCAACUUGACAUUUAGCUCGAGUAUGUUAUAUUUGGUUAUUUACUAAAAGCAUUAUCCUUUGAAGAUGAAUGAUUGAUUGUGUAGUGUGGAGUGUAUUUAGAAAAUAUAAACGGAGGAUAUGUAUUGUUAGG